AUGGCCCCAAGCGCCCUCGGCAAACACAUUGCGAAUCCCGUGUGGGUUGACCGGGAUGCCCUUCGUACAGACUUUACGCUUGCCAUGUCGGCAAUGUACAAGGCUGAGGUGCCACUGUACGGAGAUCUCGUCCAGAUUGUGACCAGGAUCAAUGCCGAGUUGGUUCACCAAUCUUCUCUGGACCCCAAGGUCUUCUCCCUGAGAUAUGGAGACGCGCAGUCCACUCGUCUAGAUAUAGAGCGGCACGGCGCCAUUCGCCUCGGCACUCCACACGAGCUGAGCACAAUCCGCCGGCUGUUUGCUCUUAUCGGCCUGUAUCCUGUCGGAUACUAUGACCUCUCCGCGGCAGGCCUUCCAAUGCACGCUACCUGCUUCCGCCCGAGGAGCGAGGCCUCGCUGCUAAUGAAUCCCUUUCGCGUCUUCACCUCGGUCCUGCGCCCCGAGCUCCUUAAGGAUCGAGAAACAAAGGACCUUGCGCUGGAACUCCUAUCCAAACGUACCAUAUUCAGCGACCAACUCAUGCAUCUUCUGGAUCUUGGAGAUAUCCAGGGUGGAAGGCUUACCCAGGAACAGGGCAGGCAGUUCAUUUCUGAGGCCAUCAAGACCUUUGGAUGGCAAUCUACCGCCGCCGCAACGCACAAUGAGUACAAUCAUCUCCGGUCAGAACAUCCCAUCCUGGCAGACAUUGCCUGCUUCCGUAGUUCCCACAUCAACCACCUUACCCCAAGGACGCUCGAUAUCAAUGCCGCACAGGACCAGAUGAAGACUGCUGGUAUGCAAGUCAAGGACAGGAUCGAGGGUCCUCCUGCGCGAGCCUGCCCUAUUCUACUACGCCAGACAAGCUUUUUGGCCAUCGAGGAACCCAUCAGAUUCUUAGUCGAAGGUGGCUUACCACUUCUUAGCGGUUCUCACAAGGCACGAUUCGGUGAAAUCGAGGAGCGCGGUGCCGCUGUAACACCUAAGGGAAGGAAGUUGUACGAUGAGUUGCUCGAGAAUGCUAUGGACCAGGCUAGAGCCAUAGCGGGAGAGGGAGAUGGCCUUUCAACCGAGGCCAUGGACGAGCUUGUCAGUCACGUCUUUAAAGCAUAUCCCGACGACUGGGAUGAGCUGCGGAGGCAUGGACUCAUCUUCUGCACUUACAGAUGCACCGCCAAGGGCCUCAAUAGUCGAUUUACACUAAGCAAGUACAGCCUCGAGACACUUGUUGGUUCAGGUUUUGUAGAAGCGCGGCCCAUCACGUACGAGGAUUUCCUCCCCCUGUCGGCCGCGGGCAUUUUCCAGUCGAAUCUCGGCUCGAAAGGAUCCCCCAAGGAGCACGUAGCUCGUCCAGAUGAGAGAGGCAUGGAGGAGGCACUUGGUGUCGCGCUCGAGGACUCGGAUGAGCUCUACACAAAGAUGCAGAACGACAGUAUCAAUGAGUGUGGUUCCGUUCUCUCUAUUACCAUCGAAGUCUAG